AUGGAACACCUAGGUAUACCAGAGGAACAUCGCUCGAGGAGCAUUCGUGUUCCAUAUCUCGGUCUCGCACCUCGUUACGAUGGGCAAGGGCUCAUUGGAUUCCCGGAACGUCAUGGAUUUCGUUCGGAGCAAUUAUCAACCUAUUGCGGAAGAUCAUUCCAGCCGCGCGAAAAUGCUGAUGCACUCCCCUUCAACCCAGAAUUUGUUGAGAGUUUCUUCCAGGAAUGGCUGUGGUUCGGGAUGCUGGAUGAAUUUGCUCUCGCGUGUGGGGUUCCUCUCGACAUUGAUCUGUUCAUAAAGAUGGGGGUUGAUGAGCGACAAAUCAUCGAUACUGAACCUCUUCUACCGUAUGUAAGGUCUGUUGUCAUAGAACAACUCAUACAACGUGAUGUACCACUCGACCUCGAGGUUGGUGACAGUGUAUAUAUCCGGAGCGAACGAUCACCUUCUAGCGUCCCAUCUCGACAUACGACUUUUCGUGGAGAUCUUACAGGCGUUAAUUUAUCCAUACCAGACCACUUGCAGCCUUUAGGAGCAAGUUCGGUCCACACUAAAGCGUCAACACCUGGGGCAGAAAUCCAGAAUAGUCCUCCUAUCCCCAGGGAGAUCAAGAAAGAUGUAGGGAAUUUCCGAUAUACACUUGACGCCAGUCAAGGAGAAUCAGAUUCAUGGCCAGUCACGACACUCAUCCGUGCUGAUCAGACUCAGACUUCUGACUUGCCAUGUAUACUUGCAAAGCAUGAAGACGUGCCUCUACAAAACCUCCUCUCCAUGAUCAUGGGAUCCGAGGCAUAUCACCAAACACAAUCAAAGGAUCGGUUCUCCAGGUUUGAGAACUGCUUGCGAGAGGUACGAAAUACGAUGAGACCCGCUUUGCUCUGUUUCGAUACCAUACAUCGACUUGAGAUAGCAUUUUCGAUUGAUCUACUCUGCGAUAACCUGAUGUAUGUUAUGUUGAACUUAUUCAAGAUGCCGAUGGCCAUCAAAGGUCCGUGGUUCGACUUUUAUAUGUCUCGAUUCGAGGAUCGAGUAAAGGCGGAGAAUUGGUGCAUUGCUCGUACCAGUUCAGUCUUGCCCUUCGAUAUUACGGCACUUUACUUCAAAAGCGUGUUGCCAUCUUACGAAUCAAUACCACAUCUAGAUUGCGGACCAACCUCUUGUUCGCGCCAAUCACAUGAUGUGAAUAGUCUUCAAGUCCAGCAUGACUGGACAAUGUGCCAUGGGGAUUGUCAAGUGCUAGCUCUUGAUGAACAGAAGCUCAUUGGCAUUCUUGAGUCCAAUGGCAUUCCUGGGCUUUAUUGCAUCGAAACCGAGGGAGGCGUUGUUGAUUUCGAAGUGAUUGAUAUUACAGGGAAGGAGUACAUUACAAUUUCUCACGUGUGGUCUCAUGGACUUGGAAACCCCAAUCAAAAUUCCCUUCCGAUGUGCCAGGUUAAACGGCUUUUCAGGUAUAUCCGGAAUGUCGGCUCAGCGAAAGUUAUUCUCUGGAUCGAUACUUUAUCGGUGCCCAUCAGCCUCAAAUACAAACGAAUAGCAAUCACGAAACUCAGAGAAGUCUACCAAAAGGCCCACGGGGUAUUAGUUAUCGACCGCCACCUCAUCCGUGUCGGCCGCAAUGCCCUAGAGAGGAAAGUACAACUGUUAUGUUCGGAAUGGAUGCGACGGCUGUGGACACUCCAAGAAGGACGGCUCGCAACUCGCUUAUAUAUACAAUAUCAGCACGAGCCAAUAUCUAUAGACGCGCUUUGUCAGGUUGAUGAAGUGCCAUCUGAUACUUUUGUGUUUGGAGAUAUAAAUCAUCGGGCGAGCCUUGCGAUACGUCUGCACUUUGCUCAGCAAGAAAGUCUAAUCAGGCGAUUUAUGGAUUUGACCAUCGACAUGGCACAUCGAAGUGUGACUGUUCCAACAGAUGAGCCAAUAUGUCUUGCAACCAUGCUAGGACUUCCUCUCGAGCAGUUCAAGCCUUAUCCAACCAUGGAUGACAUCUAUCGAUCACUCCCAGAGCUACCACCCGACCUUUUGUUUCUCGAAAACCCUAAAUUGAAUAUUGAUGGGUUCCGCUGGGCACCGAGCACAUUUCUGAACCAAGAUGCUCAAGACUAUCAUGAUAGUACUGAUGACGACACUGCACAGUUAACAGAUGAAGGACUUCGCAUUAGAAGAAGCUGCAUCAUUUUCAAGAACGAAUUACAAUUUUCUGAUUCGAGUCAAGAUUAUCUCGUUCGAAAGGGUUCAGACAUCACGUUCCUGUUUUACGACAACCAAGGCAAACGAGGUGGGUCUUUCUCAAAUGCAGCUAUCGUCUUGAACGACACUUCACUAGAAUUCAGUUAUUUUAUCCGAGCUAUUCUUGUGGACGGUCUCGUUCUCAGAGACGGGAUAUAUUAUUGUCGAAUCAGAAGAUAUCUCAUGGUACGGAAGUGGAAUGGACUUGCUGAAGAAGCCGAUGAGUUUGAUACUGGCAGGGAAGAGAGGUAUACCUUUGAUGGGGAGUUUCGGCAAGGGGAGACGUUUUGUGUUGAUUGA